UGACGAAUAUUGACAGCACGGCAGACAGACAGUGGCGCGGUGGUCGACGCAGCGUCUACCAGACUAUUUUUUAUUUUGAUAGUGAAUCAUUUUGUGAUUUGAUUAUUUUAUUUGAAAUGAUUGCUGUUGUUUACUAAACAGUAAUAUCUUUAAACGUUGUAAUAGAACGCAUUCAAAGAUAACGUAUCGUUAAUUUUCAGUGCUAACCUUCUUUUUUUACUUAGUGUUAUUGAGAUGCAAGACGUGAUCGAUAUGUGCAAGAUGUACAGAUGACUCUGCUAUUAUUUUCUUGAUCCUGUUUUUUUUCUGAUGCGGUGGCGUGGAUAAUUCAUCAGGGAUGCAGGGCGGCGCGCCUGCUUCUGACGCUGAGCAAGCGCAGUUCGAGGCUGAUAAGCGCGCUGUCUACAAGCAUCCACUAUUCCCCCUCCUAGCUCUAUUACUAGAGAGAUGUGAGCAGGCCACUGCGGGGGCAGAGGCCCCAGCGGCUGACGCUUUUGGAGCUGAUCUGCAGGCCUUCGUUCAGCAUCAGAGGAGGGAUAGGCGGCCUUUCCUCGUCGAUGACCCUGAGAUCGACGGGCUUAUGAUUAAGAGCAUACAGGUGUUAAGGAUUCACCUGCUAGAGCUGGAAAAGGUGCAAGAGUUAUGUCGAGACUUCUGCGGACGGUACAUCGCUUGCCUCAAAACCAAGAUGCAGAGUGAAAAUCUCCUGCGUACCGAUUAUUCUGGAGGUGGCGUGGAGAGCAAUAAUAAUUUAUCCGGUACAAUUGAUGAUCACUCGAGUACAUCGAAUUCACCACAGUAUCAGUCUCCCCCCGCCGCGCCGUUACCAGCCCCAGUGUAUCCAGUUUACCCUCCCCCCCACACGGAGUUACCGUUCCCCCCUCAUAGGGAUCCACCGUCUUUAGUAGUCCAAGGUUCGACGCCAAUAAGUCAAAUCGGCGCCGGAUUGAUCUCAAAUGAUUCAUUUACAGGUGCGAACUCAAACAACUCGUGCUCGUCCGUGUCGGGCUCUCCCCCACCCGAGGAGGAGGGGGAGGAAGGUGGCAAGAGGGGGGUGCUCCCCAGGCACGCCACGCAGGUUAUGCGCGCUUGGCUGUUUCAACACCUUGUGCAUCCGUACCCAACUGAAGAGGAGAAACGCACGUUGGCCGCCCAAACGCGGCUGACCUUGUUACAAGUUAACAAUUGGUUCAUUAACGCGCGACGACGUAUACUCCAACCUAUGUUGGACUGUUCUGAUAAACCAGGUGGUAAAAAGAGCAAAAACGGCUCGUCGAUAAGCAAAAGGUAUUGGCCAGAUGCGCUCACAAAUCCACAGUUCACUGCUGGUCUCCUUUCAUCAUCAGAGGAUGAAGAGCAGGAAGGUGAUCAGUCUGGUGAUGAACAGGAGCCGGUGAACGAACAGACUAAUGAACAUUAUUCGCCAUUACAGCAGACAAUGCACUAAGGGCAAUAAUUGACAGUGAACGUCAAAAAAGACAUACUGUGUAUACCAUAGAUUAUAAGUUAGAACCAUGUAUACGUACGCCAUACCUCACUAUUUUAAUAUGUUUGUAUGUACUUAUAUUUUAAAUGGACGUUUUAAAACAUAUGAGGCUAACGUCAUAUAAAGUGUUAUUGUCAGUAAAUAGAUCCAGUUUUGAUAAUAUAUUAUAAUCGGUUUCAAAACUCCGUAAAUUAAAAUGUCCAUUUAACCGUUGAUUAAUUUAAACAAUUAUAUGGCAACACCAGACAUCUGGCAUUCUCAACUCAUUCAAAAAUCAUAAUUCGUAUGCAAAUGACACAUUUAAGAAGGAAACGAUUAUAUUUGUAAAUUGUCAACGGAAAAUUAUUUUAGUCACCUAUUUAAUAGCUGGUGUUGCCAUGCAAAAAUACACCCAGUGUUUCAUUGCGUUGAUUCAAUCAUGCUUUGUAUCAUGUAUCGUCAAUUUUUACACCGGUUGUGAAUAAUAGUUUUAGUUUUCUUCCACGAUUUCGACUGAAACAUGUAAUAGUGAUAAAUAAUAUUUUUUACCACAGAACUAGACAAUACCGUCCAUAGACAAAUCGUAUUUAUUUGUACAAAUAAGUUUUUAUAUACUCAUAAUUCUUUUUAGUUACGAGCCAUAUUAGGAUAUACGAGUAAUUAUACGAAAUGCAAAUGUAUACCCAUUACACUGUAUACGUUAAAAUAUCGACAAAAUUUUAAAUUUAGAAUUAAAUUUUAAAGUCAUGACAGUAUUCGAUAGGUUAUCAACGUAGGCAUAGAGGAUAGAAUUACUCAAAAUUCGAAAUUUAAAAUCCAUAUGACAGCUAUAUUUAAUAGGUACGAAAAAUAUUUGAAGAAAGCUUUCUACUUAGCUGUACUGACCACUUAAAGAAUCCGGCUAAUCUGCCAACUAUUUAAAUAUGUACCGAUAUUGUUCUUGUAUAUAGUUAAAUUUGACGCCCGAGUCGUAGUCUCUCUAUCUAGUCCAGUGUUUCCCAACCUCUUUUGUGCCAUGCCCCCCUUAGCCUACCUUCUUAUGCCCCCCCCAUGUAACAUACAUAAUUAUAUAUUUAAAAAAAUUUGUUUACUUAAGAAAUUUAAAUGAUAGGUUUUAGGAAGAAAUCACUAGGAAAUUGUUAACGAAACAAUAAGUAAAUUUUUAAAACAAUGAAAUAUUCCAAAUAAUUUUAAUAAAGAUUUUUCUAUACUUAGUAAGGUCCUUGCGCUUAAUAUUGCUGCACAGAUCUCU